AUCAUCUGCUCCUGGUGUCAGCAGAAUGGAAACAAACUGUUCACUCUUGGGACAUCCGCUGGUAUCAAGGCGUUCUGCAGUGAGGUCUGCUUCACCCAGUGCAGGAGGGCGUCCUUUAAGAAAAAUAAGGUGAGAACGAUUACGCCUUGUAAGUAGCGGAGGAAGAUUAUAUCAUGAAAGUAGGUCAGAAAGAUUGUAUAAUGAAUGUAGGUCAGAAAGAUUGUAUCAUGAAAGUGGGUCAGAAAGAUUAUAUCAUGAAAGUGGGUCAGAAACAUAUCAUGAAAGUAGGUCAGAAAGAUUGUAUCAUGAAUAUAGGUCAGAAAGAUUGUAUCAUGAAUGUAGGUCAGAAAGAUUAUAUCAUGCAAGUGGGUCAGAAAGAUUAUAUCAUGAAAUUGGUCAGAAAGAUUAUAUCAUGAAAAUGGGCCAGGAAGAUUAUAUCAGGAAAGGAGUUCUGAAAGAUUACAUCAUGUGAGUAGUUGAGAAAGAUUGUGUCAUGAAAAUGGGUCAGAAAGAUUAUAUCAUGAAAAUGGGCCAGGAAGAUUAUAUCAGGAAAGGAGUUCUGAAAGAUUACAUCAUGUGAGUAGUUGAGAAAGAUUGUGUCAUGAAAAUGGGUCAGAAAGAUUAUAUCAUGAAAAUGGGUCAGCAGGAUUAUAAUAUCAUGAAAGUAGGUCAGAAAGAUUACGUCAUGGGGUGGGUGAGAGCGAGUUUGUCAUGAUAGUUUAUUCUAUCUGAGAUUCGACAAGAACAUAGCGUCAUCAUUUUGAAACACCUGUUUUUACCAAAUUAUUGAUGGUUACUUAUGUCUUACUUUAAAAGUAUUAAUGCUAACUUAUUUUAAAAUUAUUGAUGGUUACUGAUGUUAAAAUUAUUGUAUACUUGUUAACGAUAUAGUCAUUAAGUUAUGCUUAAUCAUAUGAAAGUAAAUAAAACGUCUUGUAUUGAAACCAUUCCAUGUAUUGUUCAAGAUGUUUAUAACAGGGCACACAUUUAAUGUGGCACAUAUUGUAAUUUAAGACACAAUUAACUCACUCACACUACCAUAUAGGAUCCAUAAACUCUAAUGCAUCUCUAAUGUACACAUAUGUCAUGUGAGACCCAGUUCUUUAGACAAUGCUUAUGUUGUAGCUGGUUUAAAGUCACGUGACCUUCGUUGUCUAACUUGCAUCUCUUGUUUGUUCUAACCAGCUGCUCCCCGUCUCUAUUACCCAGGUGUGCGACUGGUGCAAGCACGUGAGGCACACCGUCAACUUUGUGGACUUCCAGGAUGGGGACGUGCAGCUGCAGUUCUGCAGCGAGAAGUGUCUGAACCAGUACAAGAUGAACGUUUUCUGCACCGAGGCCAGGCAGCACCUCCAGGCCAUACAGAGCAUGGCCGCCGAGGAGGAGAAGAGCGGGGAGGGGAGGAAUGAACCCCGGCAAGGGGAGAUCCUCAUCACGCCGGAGCUGUGGAUGUCGGGCAGCUCAAAUGGGGAGCUGAACAUCAAAGAGGAGGUGGACGUUGAAAGGAGUGAGAAGGUGUUGGAGAGAGGUCAAGAGAGUGGGAAGGUGGAUGCGUGCUAUGAUGAUGAGGAUGAGGGGGAGCCUGGGGAGCUGAGAGAAGGAGAGAAGUUUGGACGCCACCUUGUGAUGGAUGGUAGGCCUGAAGCGACGGAUGACAGCAGCUGUUCUAAUGAGGGGAAAGUUGCUUCGUCAACAGUCACGGUGUAUCGUCAGAAAGGGGAGUGUAGAAAUUCAACGCCUAACUAUAGGUCAUCCAAGACAGAGCUCCAGAACCAUUUGGAGCAUCGGCAACGGAGGGAGAAAGAUCGUUUGAGAAAAACCCCUGACAGUAAAACAAGACCUGCAUCAAUCGAACAUGGAAGAGAUGUCAAUAAAAUAACUCAUUCUGCCAAGAAAGACAAAAUGGAAAAGCAUCAUACUUCACAGAGAUUUCUGAGUCUCAGCCCAGCGAUUGCCACAACAGCAAGCACCUCAGACGCUUCUAGUUCACAAUCGUUCCUACCCAAUUGGGCCACGUCACAGCUCAUGGCCAUGAUGCCACCCAAUAUGAGCCCCAGUCUGGCUGGUUCCCCUUUGGGACCGCUAAGUUAUGGGGGCAGUCCUUUGCUGUAUUCAAGUCUUUUUGGACCAGCUCACAUGAUUGCUGGUGGUGGGUCAAAUAAGGAGGCUCAAGCCAAAGCAAGGCAUGAAUCUAGAAGGGAGCUGUUGCGUGACCGAGACAGGUGUGCACAACCUUCAGCAGGUGAGAGGAAGAGAGAAGUCGGUGACAGAUCGGGUGUUCAGAAAUCUUCUUUGACCUCUCACUCUUCAGUUGACCCCGCUUGUCCAACAAGCACAUCAGGUUUGGGGCUAUUACAUAACCAAGGAUUAAAUCUCAACCUCAUGGCGGAGCUUUCCAAACAUUUAUCUCAGCAGUUUCAAACGGGGAAUCUUAAUUCUGAAAUGAACUUGCCACCAUAUUUGACCAACCCCGCUCUUGCUGGGAUGUUUCAGUUACCUUUCGCCUACACCCCAGGUCAAGUUAAUCCCGUACCUUUUGUCCAUCCUCCUGCAACACACAUACCCACAUCCUCCACCCAUUCUCCAUCAUCGUCUUCUCGUCAGCACAGCACCACCCAGCCACUGCCAGUUCCCCCAGCCCAAUGCGUUCCACCAAUAACGAUAUUAGUCCCUUAUCCCGUUGCAGUGCCUGUCCCCAUCCCAGUGCCCAUACCGUUUCCUGUCCCCAUAGCACCAGAAAAACUGUUUGCCUACUUCCGAGAGAAAGAAGAGUCUGGCAGACCAGCGACUGUCACAAAAGAAACGCCGCACGUCUCGGCUGACCCUAAGCCGGAACCAAGGUCUCGGUCAACAAGUGAAAGUAGGCCGCGUGCAGCCAGUGCCUGUCAUCUCAUCAACCCCAGCCCGGGUCUGUCACCCCGGCCAUCAUCCAAGUGUUCAUCUCUUGGUGGCAUUCCCCAGGGGUCAUCAUCUUCGCCGCUGGAUUCACCAGAGUCCGGCUUGGUGCUGGCCAAUGGCCGUGAAUCUGCUGAUUCAAUAAUGACUCUAAGACGAGAAAUCGGUCGCUCCCAGCUGAAAGCUGCAUCUACGUCACCUUGUACGUCAUCAAGCUAUAAACAUGUCAUGACGCCCAUCUUGCCUUACAGCUUAGAUUUGUCAGCAAAGGCUUCCAGGGUAUCUCUAGCACAUCACAAUGAAGACGAAGCCAUCGAUCUCAGCAAGAUGUCAACUAGGUCAGACUCUCCCAGGAGAUCCGUCGACCUUUCAGAGAAGGAGAACACAUCUCUGUUGAAGCGCGCCUCACUCAGUGACAGUGAGAUUGAUGGGAUAGUCCACUCACAAAAUUUGAAGGUGCCACGGAUACACAUCAUAUCUGAACCCCCAGACCCCCCCUUGAGUCAGCCUCCUGUCAGCGUACCCCUGCCACCCCCACCAGAGCAGUCCAGCUACUCGAGCCGAAGAAGCAGAAUACUGGACGCUCCAAGUGUCCCCAAAAAGUCCCGUAGCCCCUCCCCCGAGAGACGCUACAUCAGAACUGUUCCAAGGGACAUGGUGGAGGCUGCCAGGAGGCGGGGGCUUAGGGCCAGGGUUAGAACCAAAUAA